AUGGGGCUCACCUUCACGAAGCUCUUCAGCCGGCUCUUCUCAAAGAAAGAGAUGAGGAUCCUUAUGGUCGGUCUUGAUGCAGCUGGUAAGACCACCAUCCUCUACAAGCUCAAGCUCGGAGAGAUCGUGACCACCAUCCCUACAAUCGGGUUUAAUGUGGAGACUGUUGAAUACAAGAACAUUAGCUUCACUGUCUGGGAUGUCGGGGGUCAGGACAAGAUCAGGCCAUUGUGGAGGCACUAUUUCCAGAAUACCCAAGGCCUUAUCUUUGUUGUUGAUAGCAAUGACAGAGAUCGUGUUGUUGAGGCAAGGGAUGAGCUCCACAGGAUGCUGAACGAGGAUGAGUUGAGGGAUGCUGUCUUGCUCGUUUUCGCUAACAAGCAAGAUCUGCCAAAUGCAAUGAAUGCUGCUGAGAUCACCGAUAAGCUUGGCCUCCAUUCCCUGCGCCAACGCCACUGGUAUAUCCAGAGCACUUGUGCUACCACAGGAGAAGGUUUGUACGAGGGUCUUGACUGGCUCUCCAACAACAUUGCAAACAAGGCCUGA